GCCGCGUCAGCCGGAGGAGCAGCGCGGACUCGGGGCGGACGGAGGCUCGUGCGCGGAGCGUGCGUCGCUCGUGUACACUCGGUGUGUCCGGAGCUCGCCGCGGGUAGCGGCGGGACGGCCUGCGGCGGGAUCCGCAGCACGGGCACGCUUUCCGCUCGCGCGGCGCUCAGACAUGGAAGAUGGUCCGCCUUCAACAAGCUGCUUCAGAAGGUUCACCGACUGCUUCCUCGGCCCGAGUCUGACGGACGAAAAAGUGAAGGCCUACCUUUCUCUCCACCCCCAGAUGCUGGAUGAGUUUGUGUCCGAGAGCGUGAGCGUCGAGACCGUCGACCGAUGGCUGAAGAGAAAGAACAGCAGCCGGAUGGGAGAUGACCUGUCCGCUAAAGAAGUCAGCAGGUACCAGGACGCAAACAUGCAAGGAGUGGUGUACGAACUCAACAGCUACAUGGAGCAGCGCUUGGACACUGGAGGGGACAACAAGCUCCUGCUCUAUGAGUUGUGCAACAUCAUCAAGACAGCCACAAAAGCUGAUAGUUUUGCACUGUACUUUCUGGGAGAAUGCAACAAUAGUCUGUGUUUGUUCACUCCGACGGGAGCGAAGGAGGGACUCCCGGGCCUCGUUCCCUCCGGCCCCAUCGCGUUCGGGACCACGAUCGCCGCUCACGUUGCCAAAACGCGCAAAACACUGCUAGUGGAGGACAUCCUGGGGGAUGAGCGGUUCCCCCACGGCACAGGACAGGACUCAGGGAUCGGUGUUCACUCUGUCCUGUGUUUACCCAUCCUUACUGCCAUCGGAGACCUGAUCGCCAUCCUAGAGCUGCAUCGGCAUUGGGGGAAGGAGCCCUUCAACCUGAGCCAUCAGGAGGUGGCGACGGCAAAUCUAGCAUGGGCUUCUGUGGCCAUUCACCAGGUGCAGGUUUGCCGAGGUCUAGCCAAACAGACGGAAUUGAAUGACUUCCUUCUGGACGUGUCAAAAACGUACUUUGAUAACAUUGUGGCAAUAGAUUCUCUACUUGAACAUAUUAUGAUAUAUGCAAAGAACCUGGUGAACGCAGACCGCUGCGCCCUCUUCCAGGUGGAUCACAACAACAAAGAGCUGUAUUCGGAUCUGUUUGACAUCGGCGAGGAGAACGAGGGGAAACCCGUCUUCAGGAAAACCAAAGAAAUUAGGUUUUCAAUAGAAAAAGGAAUAGCAGGCCAGGUAGCAAGAACGGGAGAGGUCCUCAAUAUUCCCGAUGCCUAUGCAGACCCCCGUUUCAACAGAGAAGUUGACCUGUACACUGGCUACACCACGCGGAACAUCCUAUGCAUGCCCAUCGUGAGCCGCGGGACCGUAAUAGGCGUCGUACAGAUGGUGAACAAGCUGAGCGGAAGUGCCUUCACUAAAACCGAUGAGAACAACUUCAAAAUGUUUGCCGUCUUCUGCGCUCUGGCCUUACACUGUGCAAAUAUGUACCACCGCAUCAGGCACUCGGAGUGCAUCUACAGAGUGACGAUGGAGAAGCUCUCCUACCACAGCAUCUGCACCUCGGAGGAGUGGAAGAGCCUCGCUCAGCGGUCUCUGCCCACUCCCAUGUACAAGGAGAUUGAGUUGUUCCACUUUGACAUAAGUCCCUUCGAAGAGAUCUGGCCGGCCAUCUUUGUGUACAUGGUCCACAACUCGUGUGGGAAAAAUAGCUUCGAGCUGGAGAAGUUGUGUCGGUUCACCAUGUCCGUGCGCAAGAACUACCGGCGCGUUCCGUACCACAACUGGAAGCACGCGGUGACGGUGGCUCACUGCAUGUACGCGAUUCUCCAGAAGAAUGACGGGAUCUUCACGGAACUGGAGCGAAAGGGUCUCCUGGUCGCCUGCUUGUGUCACGACCUCGACCACCGAGGGUACAGCAACAGCUAUCUGCAGAAGUUUGACCAUCCGCUGGCGGCUCUGUACUCCACCUCCACCAUGGAGCAGCAUCAUUUCUCCCAGACCGUUUCCAUCCUGCAGCUGGAAGGGCACAAUAUUUUCUCAAACUUGACUUCCAACGAGUACGAGCAGGUGCUGGAGAUAAUUCGGAAGGCGAUCAUCGCCACCGACCUGGCCCUCUACUUCGGUAACCGCAAGCAGUUGGAGGAGCUGUUGACCACAGGAGCUCUGGACCUCAACAAUCACGCGCACAGAGACCGCGUGAUCGGUUUGAUGAUGACGGCGUGCGACCUCUGUUCCGUCACGAAGCUGUGGCCAGUGACGAGGCUCACGGCCAACGACAUCUACGCCGAAUUCUGGGCUGAAGGUGAUGAGAUGAAGAAGAUAGGAAUGCAGCCCAUACCCAUGAUGGACAGGGACAAGAAGGAUGAAGUGCCCCAGGGGCAGGUGGGCUUCUACAAUGCCGUGGCCAUCCCCUGCUACACCACUCUCUCGGAGAUCUUCCCCCCUGCAUCUCCUCUCCUCACGGCAUGCAGGGAGAACCUGGGCCAGUGGGAGAAAAUAGUGCGAGGGGAAGAGGCUUCGUCGCGGGUCCCUCGGCGUGAGGCCGAGGGGUCCGGCGAACCGCGCGCAACCGCCGAGCCUGGCGCGGAGCGCGAGUCGCCUUCCUCUGGCCCCGUGAAGGUGGACAACUAAGCGGCGGCCCCAGGCGAGGCGCGCGCGCCCGGACCCUCCCGAACUGCGGCGCUUCGGCGCCGGCGUCCGACUUCCUGCGGCGGCGGCGAGAAGCGACGAGGGGCGCUAGCAGGGAAGCGGAUUUUGACCAGAGGACCGUAAACCAUAAAGUUACCUCAUUGCGGGAACGGAGGUGUCCGGACUGGCAGUUUCACCAGGCCCUGUCGUCAACCGCGGGGGGACUUGAAGGUGAUCAAUUGGGCUCGUUUCCCGGUCACCUGGAACAACUUGGGGAACACGUGUGACAAAGGGGACUCUUUUUGCCUUUUUCUUCUGUAAACCCAUUUCAAUUGAAUUUUUGUUUUUUGCUUUUUUUGUGUCCUAUUUUCUGAGGCCUUAACUCCUAUCCCUUUGCAAGGCAGGAGAGCUGAAAUCAGAAAUGAGAAGUUUUAGCCUGGUUGAAAUGGUACGACAAUAGAACUUUUGCACACCGAGGUAAUGAGAAAUGAAUGGAACUUUGAGCAAAGAUGUGUGAUGUGAGCCACCUCAUUGUUGCGGUCAUUUCUGCGUUCUCCCUCCGUUACCAUGGGAGAAGGUCCUUUAAGAGUACUUGAAUGAAACAGCCUAUUUUUAAAAAUACAGAUGGCACAAAAAAAAGAAAAAAACCCCUUCACGUCGCCGCCGCCGCCGACUACGAUGGGGCACGAUAACGCGGUUCCCUCCGGAGUCACACGGAAGUCACAAUGCUCCUUGCCAAACUCAUCACCCCCCAUCCCCCCGCUGCCCCUGGGGCUGUUUCAGGGACCUGCUUGUACAAGCUGGCCUCUGAUAGUCUCAGCAUCUGAGCCCUUGGGCAAUAUUUUCAUUUUAGGACAACCUUUGAGCGGGAAAUGAAAAGAACAUCGUUUCAUCGUAAGGUUUUUCUGGCACGAGUGCCUAUAAAAGGCAACGUAGUACGAACGCUAAGCUCACGUAGAAAGUGAGGUGAAAGGCCGAAAUGCGGGAAGCGGGCGGUGGCCGUCCGGCCCGCGUGCGUUCGGGAAAAGGUCCACGUUAAAAAUAUGGCUCCGAACAUCCCUGAAUGACUCUGCUUUAAGUAUGCAGUUAUGACCUGUGCUUGUUCAAUAUAUCACGAUACUAUGAAUGAUAAAUGUAGCAAAUUUCCUUGGAGCGGUUAGAAAACGGAAACGGAAACGCGAGCGGGCUUGACAGCGGGCCGACCGUGCCGAAUUAAUUUUUUGUUCCGUUUUCUCCCCCAGCUGAAAUGAUGUACAGGGUACAUGAUGUAUCUCAAGAGUGGGUACUGUUGUUAUUUGACAAAGUAAUUUUCUUUUCCCCGGGGACCUCCGGCCUCUUGCACUUACUGUAGAGAACACGCAAAGUUUGACGCGUAGCUGUAGAAUGGAUGUCUGCCCGCCACCGUAUGCGGCGCGUAUGCGCUGCCUGCGCUGCCUGCGCGAUUCGGUCCCGGGUCUCGGCCGGCCGCCCGCCCGCCCGCCCGUCGACGCUCCGUUGUCCACAUACCCUCCGUCUCUCUCCACCUGUAAGAGAUGAUCUAGAAGAGCAUGAUGCAGUCAGUACUGAGGCACUUGCAACGGUCAUUUUGGUUAUGAUAUUCCUUUUAGGCCUGACCGGGAUUAAAAAAAAAUUAGAAAAUGUAGCAGAUGUCUGUCGUUUCGGUGCCAUUUUAAGAGCGGUUGCUCACACUGGCGGUCCUGCGGGUGAGGACUAACGCGGAGUGCGGCGCAGACCCCAUCCGCGUGGGUAGCAAACGUGCCCGGGGCUCGAGGUCCAGCUUCUAACAUCGGUUCGUCUUAGAGAAAUGUCCGAGUAACGGACAAUAAGUAACUGGUUGUCAUCCCAUAGAAACGUCCCAAGGAAUACAAGUGUGUCGGGCCAUAUUGUAGUAAAUGGCUCUGUUGUACGGGGCAUUUCUUAAUGAGGUCAUCGCACAUUUUGGGGUAGCUUUGCCUUUUGCUAAGAUGUCGGUUUAGGAACGCCGGGCCGAUCGGAGGUAAAACGUACCACGGUGUUCCCUUAAAUUGUCACGUGUUUCGAGCGGGAACGUAGGACGGCAGGUAAAUCGAGAUAAAAGAGAUGGGAGGAAUGAUGUAAGCCCAGUGUGCUAACCUGUGGGUGCGUGAGGUGCGAAUGUACACUGUAAUGAAUGUUUCUGUAAAGCGGCUACAGAUGCGUUUCGGGUUUCUCGGUAACGGAGGAGCGUCCGGGUUAACGGCUUCCGACGGCUACGUGUGGCGCGUCGUCUCGUCUCGUCUCGACCGAGUAGCACUUCCAUACAGAUAAAGACACAUCUGUAUUUGAGCAUGUAAAUCGUAUGAAUAUCCUACCUACGGAGAUGUUAAUACACACACACACACACACACUUCUCAUGCUGAACUUCAAUAUUCAAUGGUGCUAAUUUAGGACGGCAGUCUUGCACUUACUGACAGUGUUUUGUUUGUCUUUCUUUCUUUUUCUCUCUCUUUGUCCUCGGCUGGCCUAAAGCAUGAGGUUUUCGCAUCACGCGCCCCCUCCUUCCUACCCCGUCUGCCAAUUUGGCGCACAUUGUCACCAAUCAUCUGCACUACAUUUAGCUACCUGUUAUCAUUAGCAUAAUUAAUGAAUAUUAGUGAUUAUUUUCUUAAUUAGGAUUUAAAUUAACUUAUAUUUUUUUAUACGAAAAAGAAAUGUUGGCCUUUUUUGUUUUGUACGUCGUGUACGCCGAGAAACCGAAAAGGGGUCAUUGAGACUUACUGCAUACUGUUGCCCAACAUUGAGGAAUGUCUCAACUGUAAAUGUAAGAACAUCAGUUACUUUUAUUAAAUAUUUCUGGAAAUGG